GGCCCCUGUGGCCGGGAUGCCACUGCGUGCCGUGCCAGUCCACGGCGGACGGUGAGGGCCAGGAGGAGGGCGCCGAGUGCGGGAGACUGAAAGGUGGCGGCCCGCACCAGACAGGAGAAAUGAACCUCUGCUGGAACGAGAUCAAACGCAAGUCCCACAACAUCCGGGUGCGGCUGGAGGCCUUCUCCGACAACAGCGGGAAGCUGCAGCUCUCCCUGCAGGAGAUCAUCGAAUGGCUCACGGCCAAGGACGAGGAGCUGUCGGAGCAGCUGCCCAUAGGAGGCGACGCGGGGGCCGUGCAGCGCCAGAGGGAGUUCCAUCAGGCAUUCAUGGAGGAUGUCAAGUCUCGCGGACCGUUCAUCUACUCGGUCCUGGAGUCUGCCCAGGCCUUUCUGGCUCAGCAUCCCUUCCAGGAGCCGGAGGAGACCCUGACCGAUGGAAAAGAGGUGUCUCCACGCCGACGGAUCUUAAACGUGAGCCGCUCGGUGUGGAAGCAGGCGAACGUGGCCAGCGACCUGUGGGAGAAGUUGACGGCGCGCUGUGUGGAUCGCCACAGACACAUGGAGCGCACGUUGGAGCGACUCCUGCAGGUGCAGGCGGCGAUGGAGGAGCUGGCAGUGGCCCUGGAGCAGGCGGAAGGGGUGAGAGACGCCUGGGAGCCCGUCGGGGAUCUCUUCAUCGACUCCCUGCAGGAUCACAUCGACGCCACCAAGUUAUUUAAGGAGGAGCUGACCCAAGUGAAGGAGGGCAUGAAGCACAUCAAUGAUCUGGCCCACCAGCUGGCGAUCUCCGAUGUCCACUUGUCGAUGGAGAACGCCCGCGCCCUGGAGCAUCUCAACGGCAGAUGGAAAGUGCUUCAGGCUUCCAUAGAGGAGCGGCUGAAGCAGCUCCAGGAUGCACAUAGAGACUUUGGCCCCGGAUCGCAGCACUUCCUUUCCAGUUCGGUGCAGAUACCGUGGGAGCGAGCCAUUUCCCCGAACAAAGUGCCCUACUACAUCAACCACCAGGCCCAGACGACGUGCUGGGACCAUCCAAAGAUGACCGAACUGUACCAAGCGCUGGCGGAUCUAAACAACAUCAAGUUCUCAGCAUACAGAACAGCCAUGAAGCUGCGACGAGUUCAGAAGGCUUUGAGAUUGGAUUUGGUGGCACUGAGCAGCCUCGUGGGGGUCUUUCGGGAGCAGGAGCUGCAGCAGGGGGAGCAUGUGAUGGACGUGGUGGAGAUGAUCCACGGCCUGACGGCUCUGUACGAGAAGCUGGAGGAGGAGAGGUCCGUCCUUGUCAACAUUCCGCUCUGCGUUGACAUGUGUCUCAACUGGUUGCUCAAUGUCUACGACAGUGGUCGUAACGGCAAAAUGCGCGUUGUCAGUUUCAAGAUGGGAUUGGUGAGCUUGUGCAACGCAGACGUCCAAGAGAAGUAUAAAUAUUUAUUCCGUCAGGUGUCUGGUCCCGGAGGUUCGACUGACCAGCGUAACCUCAGCCUGCUGCUCCACGAAGCCAUCCAGAUCCCCCGACAGUUGGGCGAAGUCGCCGCUUUUGGGGGCAGCAACGUGGAGCCCAGCGUCCGCAGCUGCUUCCGCGUGGCCGCAGGGAAACCUGCCAUUGAGGUGUCUCACUUCCUGGAGUGGAUGAGCCUGGAGCCCCAGUCGAUGGUUUGGCUGCCCGUCCUCCACCGCGUGGCCGCUGCAGAGUCCACCAAGCACCAGGCCAAAUGCUACGUCUGCAAGCAGUGUCCCAUCAAGGGCUUCAGGUAUCGCAGUUUGAAGCAGUUCAACGUGGACAUCUGCCAGACAUGUUUUCUAACCGGCCGCACUACAAAGGGAAAGAAGCUGCACUACCCCAUCAUGGAGUACUACACGCCGACAACCUCAGGAGAGAAGAUGAGGGACUUUGCCAAGACUCUGAAGAACAAGUUCAGGUCAAAGCAGUACUUCACCAAGCACCCGCAGAGGGGUUACCUGCCGGUGCAAUCUGUGCUGGAAGCCGAGAGCUCCGAGACGCCGUGCUCCUCACCCAAGCUGCCUCACGCGGACACACACAGCAGGAUCGAACACUACGCCAGCAGACUGGCCGAGAUGGAGAGCCAGAAUUGUUCGUUCUUCACGGAUAGCCUGUCUCCUGAUGAAAGUCUCCCAGCCCUGGACCAUGACUCGCCGUGCGGACAGCACAUGCUGCUGGCCAACCUGGAGCACCAGGACAAGGAGCAGCUGCAGUGCACCCUGGCCCACUUGGAGAACGAGAACAGGGUGCUGCAGAGCGAGUACAGGAGGCUCAAGUGGAAGCACGAAGAGGCGGCGGCGGUCCCCAUGCUGACCGAGGCCGGAGAGGGCGGUCCGGGGUCUCCGGUGGAGGGGGGGCAGCAGGACGAGGAGCUCCUGGCCGAGGCACGGGUCCUCCGGCAACACAAGACGCGUCUGGAGACCCGCAUGGGGAUCCUGGAGGACCACAACAAACAGCUGGAGUCCCAGCUUUGUAGGCUCAGGGAGCUUCUGCUACAGCCCAAAGACGACUCGGAAGCCAACGGAUCGGAGCCGUCAACCCUGUCUUCUCCCGUCUCUGGAGGCGGUCACCACGGGGAGGCGGCCAGCAGAGAGACCACCGACACCGAGGCAGCAGGAGAUGAUAUGGAGCACGAACAAGAUACGGUGCUGCAGCUCCAGGAAGUCAUCGAGCAGCUGAGAAACGUCUUCCCUUCGGAACCAGGCACCACCUCACACAUCUAACCCCCCGAGUGGGCCUGGAGUGGAAGCCUGAAAAGGAAGCCCGACGGCAGGGGGGAGGAGCGCCACGCGCCCCGGAGGUCAGGCCCUGGUGACCGCUGCAGCAGCUAUGAUGCCCUCCCCCCGAGCUAACCCUCUACUGGAAUCUGUGCACUGGAAGCCCUUUUCACGCAAACUGUUAAAGCCUCGCGCCGACGUCCGUUCGGCCCGGGCCGCGCUUCGUCCCUUCACGCCGCGCUGAGGAGCCAAAGGAAACUAAAGUUAGCGGCAGGUCAGGGGAGAGACUGAAGCAAAGGGGGACCUCGCCCAGCCAAGACACUGUGUUCACCAGUACCUGUGUAGUUAUUAGAAGGUGUGAAGCUUUAUUUGUCCACAGCACAAAUUGGACGUUCCUUAAGAAAAAUAGAAGAAAAAAAAGAAAAAAAGGAAUGGGGAGAAUAUCCCCUUGUUUUGUCAGAAUGCCUCCUGUAUUGUCAGCGUUCCUUUUCCCCCUUGAAUGUGUUACCGCGGUUGUUCAUUUUGAAGGGAGGUGGCACGUCAGAAGCUCGCUAAAUUCACGGCUGCAAUUUCACGUGGCUGCGGGGGGGGGGUGCAUAUUGUCGGGGAGUUGACGACACCCACAACAAGCUUAUUUACUUUGUGAGAAAGACACGUCAUCUGUUAGAAACAUGAUUUAUUUAAGACAGCCAAAGUGCCCGCUAGCAAAGCGCCUGUGUACGCACAACACACUGUGUUCCUCCGAUCCUCCCAGGCUGCUCGUCGCUCUCAUUGCUCCCCUCGUCUGAGUGAGGCCCGCACACACACACACACACAUGCGCCGUAUGCUGCUACAUUCACACUUGCUAUCUUGCAAUGCUCCCUUUUCCUCAUUGGGCACGAACGAUGCAUUUCAUCCUCUGUGGGAUCCUCUCAUGCGGUGUGCGGAGAAGGAUGGGGAAGGUGCUGCGGGGCGAUAGCCCUGCAAUGCUCGCUUUCUCUCUGAUUCCAGGCGCCACCACAACGAGGUCCUAUGUAGACAUCGUCCUUUUUACCCUCCCCUCCAUUCAGAUUUGAAUAGAACACAAGCUGUUGAUUUUACAUGCCUCGUGUUCCCUUUGUAAUGGAUACUCAGUUGCUUUUUAGGGGUAUGAAGAGACCGGUGGUGCCCUCAUAGCAUCGGGGUUGUUGGGUGCGAUCUGUCCUUGACAUAGCACAGUCAUCGAAUGCCUUAAAACCAAACUGAGUUCACAUGAAACCAGAGUUUCUCUUUUUCACAUUCCAGGAUGGGAAAUGGCAUCAGGAGUUUGUGUUUGUGUGCCACUGGUAGUGAAUGGGAACAGGAACAAUGGAGAAAUGUGGAGAGCAGAGCAUCCAUACAUUGAAAAGAUUUAAAUAGGGCUUUUAUGUGUGGACCGUGGGUGCUGGGGCUGCUCGGAGGAACUAAAUAUCUGACAGAUGCGAAAAAAAGAUGGACAAUCCAUCCAUUGCUGGAGGGCCGGUGGGAGAGAUCCACUUUGACAGCGAAAUCUCCAGAAACCGGAUGCCUGAAGCAAGCCGUGGCCGUGUUUGCAUCCCAGCAGAUUAGACCGCCUCAUUCUCAUGGAAAACGGAGACACUGGGAAUUCAUCUAAGCCCUUAAAUGACCUCACUCGUGAGUUUAAAACCCAUGUGCUGCAUUAAUUACAGGCGUGCCCUCCACUCACCCAGCGCUUAUGGUUACCACAGCAUCCUCUUCAGCACCUUCUGCCUGUUACUUUUGAUACUGUUGCUAGGGAACUGUCCCCAAGGACGCGGUUCCACAGGUUUUUGAGUUGGAAAGGUGAUGUUGCCGCUCAUAAUACAAAUACUAAUUGCCUUAGGGAAGCAGGAGAGACCUUCUUUACUUCCAUCUCCCCUGAAGCCUGUUGCCAUUCAGCUGCUGAAGAUAGUCAUUAGCAUCAGUUCACAUUGUUUUUUGGGGGCAAUCUCUCAGAAGUCGGAACAAAGAGAGGCAAUGUAGCUUGAGGGUGAAGAAGAAAAAAAAAAAGCUGUCACAAGAAAUAUUUAUUCAUAGACAUUUAUUUAAUGGUAUUCACACAUCUCAUCACAGAUUGAAGCUCACUUUUAUCUCCAUCGAGGAUGAUGCAACAGUGAGAGCGUGUGAACAGAAGAAGCAGGAGAUCUCCCCGUGGGGCCGCAUGUUAACGCUGGGCCCUGUUUGUUUAGAGGCAAUGCAUGGAUGAGGCAAAAGGUUGAGAUAAAAAGCGAAAGGUUCAUCCCCACAUUCUCCCUCUGCCCACUUUAUGACACUGGCGUCUUAAGGGCCCUUGACGGCCGCCCAGCCGCAGCUCCCUGCAUCCCCCGGCGCCCGUCCGAGCAGACCUUCUGCUCCCUGUGGUGGGACUGGAGCCGUUUGAUUGACGAAAAAAAACAAAAAAAAAACCUCCUCCCCGCGGAGGGAGCCGAGAGUCAACCCCGGAGGACCGCUGCUCCCCCCGCCUCCACUGCAUCUCAGCUAUCACGCAUCUAAGCCUAUGUGUCACCUCUCACACCUCGAUGAAUCAUCUAACCUCAAACACGGUGUUGAUAACACUAAUACAUGUACACACACACACACUCACACACACUUGGACAUUACUGGUGUAGCUGAGUGCUGUUUUUGGUUGAAAUCACCGUUAAUAUACCUCAUUAAUCAUUGAGAUGUUUCAUGUUUUUUUUUCAUGUGUCUUAAUGUCCAGCGCUCAAACACUUCUUGCUGUCUUUUUCUCUGGAGUUUUUAAUCUGUACAAAAAGUUUUCUGACGAAAGGCUUUUUACUGUAAUAACAAGUGGGUUUCUGGCUGCUUUUUACUAUUUGUGUA